ACCUAUUAAAUGCGGUCCACUGGGCAUAAAGUAGAACGGAAAUGCCAUACAGGCAGGAAUGAAAACACCACGUACAGAAGUGGUACGAAGUGUCACAGUUCGAGACAGGGAACUACGCAUUAAGAGUGUACCGUUAAAGAGCAUCUUGUUUCGUCACGAGGGAUAUUGUCGACAACAUGGCGGAGGCAGGUGAAAUCGUCGUGAGUAUAGCCGAGUUGGAUCGUUACGUCAUCAGCUGUAUGAUGGUCAGCGGUGCUACAGAGGACAGCGCAGUGUUUAUGUCUGACCUCCUCGUCACUGCGGACUACCGUGGUCACUAUAGCCACGGACUCAACAGAAUAGAUGUGUACACGUCAGAGGUCCAUCACGGGGUGGCCUGUGGGGGAGGAAAGGACCCGACCGUUGUCAAGGAAACUCUGGCUACUGCACUGGUUGACGGAAACAACUUAUUGGGUCCUGUGGUGGGGAAGUUCGCGAUGGACGUGGCUAUCCAGAAGGCUAAGACAGCUGGAGUUGGUAUCGUCACUGUCAGAGGUUCAAACCAUUACGGGAUAGCGGGCUGGUACAGUCUCCGGGCAACCAAACAAGGUCUUCUGGGUAUCUCCAUGACGAACUCUUCACCAGUGACAUAUCCAACCAGAUCUAAAAUUCGGUCUCUGGGUACGAACCCCAUCAGUUUGUCAGCACCAGGGAAGGAUGGAGACAAUUUCGCCCUAGACAUGGCCACUUCGAGUGUUGCGUGGGGUAAGGUGGAACUGAAACAAAGGAAGGGAGAGAUGUUACCGAGCGGCUGGGCUACGGACAAGGAUGGUCACGAAACACGUGACCCGUCAUCUGUGACAGGCCUGCUGCCACUUGGAGGCCUGGAACAGAACGGUGGUUACAAGGGUUACGGCCUGGCUAUGAUGGUAGAAGUCCUCACCAGCGUGUUGUCCGGGGCGGACAUGUGCUCGUUUGUUAGGAAGUGGAAAACAUACGAGAAAUACGCUAACCUGGGUCACUGUUUCUUGGCCAUAGAUCCGGGGGCUUUUGCAGAAGGAUUCACAGACAGGAUGCAGAACUUGAUGGAUCACAACCGUAACCUUGAGCCGGUGGAAGGUGAGGAGGAGGUCCUGGUGGCUGGAGACCCAGAAAGAAAACAUAUGGCACUUUGUGAUAAGUUGGGGGGAAUUCCGUACCAUCCGAACCAGAUAGAGUUCCUGGAUGGCAUCGCCAAAAGCCUCGGUGUGGAACCUCUUAAGCAUGUUAUACCAGCCAGCUGAUAACAUGGAGUCAUCUUCUGUUAUUCUAUAUGUGUUUUGAUAGUCAAGAAUCACACGAUGUUUAUUCAUCUAAUCAGCGUCACAAGUGUUUAUGUGAUUUAUUUAUACGUGGAAUGUUGACGAUAUGUACCUUUACGUUAAAUCACAGGAAGUGUUAUCCAGGUGUGCUCUGAUGUUUGGGCAGACAUUGAGCAAUAAAUGUUAAAUCAUUCGGUUUGUUCUGCUUGCACUAUAGAAGUGUAGUUGUAAUAAACUUGUUGCUCCCGAUUUCAUAUUUCUAGGGUUUUGUAAUAUAUUGCCAUUUCAUUUCUGUCAAAUUUUACAAACUUUUUACCCAAUAGCGUUGCCUUUCGUCAACAGAAUUUAUUUUGAACUUGCAUAUAUUGGUCGAAGAAACCUGGAGUUAUGAAACAAACGCUCACGUGACCGUCAGGUAUACUUAUACCUUGUGACACUCGAUCAGGAAUUAGACCAAGGGAUUAAUUGCGAGCGAGUUAUACAUUUUAUCUCCCAACCAACUUCAUAUUAUAUACAUUUGUUACAUUUUUCACAGUGAAAUAUAAGGUUUAAUUGUGAAAAUAUAAGUGAUUUUUUUCAGUCGUUUUUUCACUCGUUUCGACCGAUCAGAACACAGUAUUUGGCGUGAAAAUAAUGCCAUUGACGGAACUACCUUGUUACAAAAGAUUUAUCUCCUUUCAUGCAGCAUUCUUUACGUUUACACAAUAUUGUAAAUUGGUGUAAAAUCGUGUUUGUAAACUGACACUUGAAGCAAAUUAAAUAUCAAAACUUAA